UUACGCCAAACGCGGCAUGACCUUUGAUGGGACACACACAAGGAAAUCAGAAGAGAUAGCUUUCUUAUCCGCAGAAACGAAGGAAGGAAGGAACGACACUAAACAAGUGGAGGCGCCACAAAAAACGCUGUUCGCCGGCCGGAGCUGACAGUAACUGCAAAACAAUGGCGCACGCUUCCUCCUUAUUCGCUCCUAUUUCCCUCCAUCUCGCCUCCUCCGCAUUCUCUCCGCUUUCCGCCAAGACCAGAUUCUCCAGAUUUGUAACCGUCGCCGCAAUUCCACCCCUCUCCACCGCCACUCCCAUGGAUCUGCCUCCUCUGGACGAGACAACAAUUGCAGUCAUCGGCGGCGGCUCCGUCGCCGCACUCGCAGCCGUGCUGUCCUUCACGGAUCCGGAGCGUCGGCGCAAGCUCCAAGCCGUGGAAGUCGGCGGCGGCGACAAGGAGGUGGUGAGGGAGUACUUCAACAACUCCGGCUUCCAGCGAUGGCGGAAGAUCUACGGAGAGACCGACGACGUCAACCGCGUGCAGCGCGACAUUCGUCUGGGACACGCGAAGACCGUCGAGAACACGAUGGUGAUGCUGAAAGAGGAGGGCUCUCUCCAAGGCGUCACCGUCUGCGACGCCGGCUGCGGACUGGGCUCACUCUCGAUUCCACUCGCUAGAGAAGGCGCAAUCGUCUCCGCCAGCGACAUCUCCGCCGCCAUGGUCUCCGAGGCCGAGAAGCAGGCGAAAGAGCAGUUGGGGGGAGGAGAUGUUGUAAUGCCGAACUUCAUGGUGAAGGAUCUGGAGAGCUUAGAUGGGAAAUACGACACGGUGGUAUGCCUGGACGUUCUGAUUCAUUACCCGCAGAGCAAAGCCGACGGGAUGAUUGCGCAUCUGGCGUCGUUGGCCGAGAAUCGAUUGAUAUUGAGCUUUGCGCCCAAGACAUUCUACUACGAUUUGUUGAAGAGAGUUGGGGAGCUGUUUCCAGGGCCAUCCAAGGCCACCAGGGCGUAUCUGCAUUCGGAGGCAGAAGUGGAGAGAGCUUUGAAGAAGGUCGGGUGGAGAAUAAGGAAGAGAGGCCUCAUCACUACGCAGUUCUACUUUGCCAGGCUCGUCGAAGCCGUCCCUGCGUGAACGAGCAAAAGGAUGGGCGGUGAAUCCUUCAGCAUCCAAGGUCAAGGUUGAUCUAAGUUUUCACUUCCCCUGUAUUCUUGUAACUUGUACUGGGACUGGCUCGUUGGCCGACAGAGUUUGAUAACUAUUUGAAGUAUAUGUAUUGAAGACGCAUAUAAUAAUUUGUGUUUUUUUAUAAAUGAUCUAACUUCGCAUAAUGUACUAAUGAUGUAACAUAAAGAGGAGGAAUGCAUGAAGGUUCGUUCACGAUAAAAAAAAAAUUCAUACAGGAAAAGCCUAGAAACAAAAUAGGUAAAUGAAAAUUAUUAUGGGGGCGAGGGAUGCAUAUUUCAUAAGAAACAUAAUGACUUGAAAACUCCCUUCCCUUGGUACAACAUUAACCUGCACCUUUUGGACAAACAAAUACAUCAGAGAACUCCUGACCAUUUUAAACGUAAAUAUGACAACACCCAUGUAAAUCUAUGGGAGAAACACAAAGUUCUGUUUCAUGAACUUCAUUUCUAUAAAUGCCCAAAUGCAUUCUUUGUAAUAUGUGAGGAAAUAAAAGCAUACACUGAAUUUAUAAGGUGUACAACUCGUAACCAACACUCCUUAAUUUGCAUUGGCGUAAGAGCAUAACAAUCAUGACUUUCUGUUCACAUUUGUUGAGACCUUCAUGAGCUUCUCAUAGAAUGAAGCAUGUAGCUCACCAAUUCUCACUUCUCAGUGUGGCCUUUAAUUAAAUAAAACUAAAACCCAAACGUUGUUGGUUGACAAAUUAAUAAUUAUGAUAUCAAUUAAUAAUUAUAAUAUCAGCGUUCCGCGUGAUAAAAUUAAUUAUUCAGUUGAGGUACAAAUAACGGAAAGAAGAAACAUGAAUUGCAGGUAGCUAAGCAAAUAAUUAAGUGAAUAAACUUAAAUUUCAAUGCAAUUGGACAAUGCCAAAAGAUGUAAGCUAAAUCAUGCAUUGGCAAGUUGUCUUCAAUUAAACAUGAAUGAUAACUCGGAGUUGCUUUCCAUGAUACAUUUACAAUCACAAUCUUCACUAUAAAAAAGAACAUGUUUGUCCUUUGAUGGAGUUGAGAGAGUCCAUUGUAUAUUCUUCCCAAUAAGCAACUUAAGAACUUCUCAAAUGCGGCAGAACUCUCCAAUCCAAACCACCUAAAAUCCAGGAACUCAAAGACUUCUCUUAAACAAACAUCAGCCAAUUGUAAUAAGUGACUCGCACGAAACUACACCACAAAUUAAUCUCGACUAGAGCCCAAGUUUUUAAAUUCUAGUCGGGUGCAGUACAGAGCAAGUAUUUAAAUUGUCAACCCGGACCAGUCUAUGUACCCCAACUUCAAUCGCUUAGGUUGUUAUCUAGCAAAACGGUUUUGGGGUUUAGGUCUAAUAGAACUACAAACUAAACAACCAAAGAACAGUAAAUAAAGGAAAACUCUAACUAAGGGAGCUUCACCCGGGAGUUGCUUUCCCCUAACUAGCUACCACGACUCGUUGGAUUGAAUGGAGUCGUGUGGCAUAGGUGGUUGUGAACCGCGGGUGGUGAGCAACUAGUGAUCAAUCUGUCACGGGAUCGAUCCACUCGCCAAGUCUAAGGGAACCACUAGGAGGAGCAACUAGUGAUCCAUUUGUCACAGGGUGGAUUCACUCGAGGUCGAUUUGUCACGGGAUCGAUCCUCUCACUCAGUCACUAGUGGUUUCCCAGGUCUCUCCCUCAAACCGGAGUUUGAGCGGCUUAAUCACAACCAACCUAUAUGGGCACGAUAAUCGCGAACCACAGAGGAAAGCGCAUGUGGUUGGAGACCAUAGUCUCGAUUGCUACACCAAGGUGAGGAUGAAAGGUCGUGUCACUCGACCCUGUCGGUUUAGACAAUCGGUAAUCGACUUACUUUCUCACUCAACUCUAAGGUCAGACGGUUUAACCACGAUUAAUCGACUAGUUCAAUUCAAUAUUGAGGAUUGCCCUAACCCAACCUAGUUUAGGUGGCUUGGAAAGCGGAAGGAAAACCAACUCAAUUGAGUCUCCCUUAAGAAGGGGGAUUUUCCUCUCUAAACUAGGCUAAGUUGGAAAAUUAGAUUACUAGCACCUAAAUGCACAAACUUAAGGGUGCUAAGCACAAUUAUGCACAACCCCAAAGUUGCUAAGCACAAACAUGCAAAAUCAUGGUGAAUAAUACCACUAAUACUCAAAUUGAUGCAAACCCACACUUAAUCAUUCAAUCCAAACAAGUUAUUACAAAGUAGUAGUUAGGGAUCUACAACACCCAAGAGUAAAGAGUGAGUUUCUAGAGAGAGAGAGAGAGAGAUUACAAAUUUGAGCUCAAGAUCUUCUUCUUCUUCUAGGCUUGAAUCUUCCACCCAAGUUCCAAUGAUGCUCCAAGAUCACUCUAGCACUCUCUCUCUCUCUCUCUCUCUCUCAAUAGAACGCCCCUUUGGUGUUUAGGUUGAAACCCUAGAGAAAGAAAGUGUUUUUUCUCUCCAAAAAUUAGCUCUCCUUUCUCUCUCCCCGCUGCUGUCUUCAUAUUUGCCCGAAAGCGAUCAGUUCACGGACGCCACUACAAAAAAGACUGUCUUUAGAGACGAAAAUUACCGACAACACCUGAAAACUGUCACUGAUGUUCACGGUUUGUGGUCCAUGUUCACGGUUUGUGUUUUAAUUGGAUAAGUGAUAAUAAAUCUGUGAUGGUACCCCUUUGGAGUCUGCCAAAAAUGGUCCCGGAAGAAAUCCGCCCAAAUUGGCCCUGGAUGGACUUAAUCGUCGUUGAAGAAUAGCCUCAGGCCGAAUCCACCAUCUUUAUCCUUCAAAAUCCAAGGAAAAUGGCAUUUCAAAAAAAUUUGCUCAAAUAAUUACGAAAAUGCCAUCCCAAAAUAUAUUGGCCCAAUUCGGUGAUUUAUUGACUUAAUCAUCGGCGCAGAAUAGGAUCAAUAGACUUUAUUAUCGGUGGACAAUAGCCUCGAGCCGAAUCCGUGAUCUGUAGCCUCCAAAAUCGAAAGAAAAUGGCAUUUCGUAAAAAUCGCCCGAAACCUGUGAUGGUACCCCUUUGGAGUCUGCCGAAAAUGGACCGGGAAGAAAUCCGCCUAAAUUGGCCCUGGAUGGACUUAAUCGUCGUUGAAGAAUAGCCUCAGGCCGAAUCCACCAUCUUUAUCCUUCAAAAUCCAAGGAAAAUCGCCUUUAAAAAAAUUGCUCAAAUACUUACGAAAAUGUCAUCCCAAAAUAUAUUGGCACAAUUAGGUGCUUAAUAGACUUAAUCAUCGGCGCAGAAUACGAUCAAUAGACUUUAUUAUCGGUGGAGAAUAGCCUCGAGCCGAAUUCGUUAUCUGUAGCCUCCAAAAUCGAAAGAAAAUGGCAUUUUGGAAAAAUCGCCCGAAAUCUGUGUUGGUACCCCUUUGGAGUCUGCCAAAAAUGGACCCGGAAGAAAUCCACCCAAAUUGGCCCUGGAUGGACUUAAUCGUCGUUGAAGAAUAGCCUCAGGCCGAAUCCACCAUCUUUAUCCUUCAAAAUCCAAGGAAAAUGGCAUUUCAAAAAAAAAAUUGUUCAAAUAAUUACCAAUUCCAUCCCAAAAUAUAUUGGCCCAAUUCGGUGCUUAAUUAACUUAAUCAUCGGCGCAGAAUAGGAUCAAUAGACUUUAUUAUCGAUGGAAAAUAGCCUCGAGCCGAAUUCGUGAUCUGUAGCUUCCAAAAUUGAAAGAAAAUGACAUUUCGGAAAAAUCGCCCGAAAUCUGUCAUGGUACCCCUUUGGAGUUUGCCAAAAAUGGAGCCAGAAGAAAUCCGCCCAAAUUGGCCCUGGAUGGACUUAAUCGUCGUUGAAGAAUAGCAUCAGGACGAAUCCACCAUCUUUAUCCUUCAAAAUCAUAGGAAAAUUGCAUUUCAAAAAAAAUUGCUCAAAUAAUUACGAAAAUGCCAUCCCAAAAUAUAUUGGCCCAAUUCGGUGCUUAAUUGACUUAAUCAUCGGCGCAGAAUAGGAUCAAUAGACUUUAUUAUUGGUGGAGAAUAGCCUCGAGCCGAAUACGUGAUCUGUAGCCCCCAAAAUCGAAAGAAAAUGGCAUUUCGGUAAAAUCGCCCGAAAUCUAUGAUGGUACCCCUUUGGAGUCUUUAAAAAAUGGACACGGAAGAAAUCUGCCGAAAUUGGCCCUGGAUGGACUUAAUCGUCGUUGAAGAAUAGCCUCAGGCCGAAUCCACCAUCUUUAUCCUUCAAAAUCCAAGGAAAAUGGCCUUUCAAAAAAAAUUGCUCAGAUAAUUACGAAAAUGCCAUCCCAAACUAUAUUGGCCGAAUUCGGUGCUUAAUUGACUUAAUCAUCGGCGCAGAAUAGGAUCAAUAGACUUUAUUAUCGGUGGAGAAUAGCCUCGAGCCAAAUCCAUGAUCUGUAGCCUCCAAAAUCGAAAGAAAAUGGCAUUUCGGAAAAAUGGCUCGAAAUCUGUGAUGGUACCCCUUUGGAGUCUGCAAAAAUGGACCCCGAAGAAAUUCGCCCAAAUUGGCCCUGGAUGGACUUAAUCGUCGUUGAAGAAUAGCCUCAGGCCGAAUCCACCAUCUUUAUCCUUCAAAAUUCCAGGAAAAUGGCAUUUCAAAAAAAAUUGCUCAAAUAAUUACGAAAAUGCUAUGCCAACAUAUAUUGGCCCAAUUCGGUGCUUAAUUGACUUAAUCAUCGGCGCAGAAUAGGAUCAAUAGACUUUAUUAUCGGUGGAGAAUAACCUCGAGCCAAAUCCGUGAUCUGUAGCCUCCAAAAUCGAAAGAAAAUAAACUUUCGGAAAAAUCGCCCGAAAUCACUGAUGGUACCCCUUUGGAGUCUGCCAAAAAUGGACCCAUAAGAAAUCCUCCCAAAUUGGCACUGGAUGGACUUAAUCGUCGUUUAAGAAUAGCCUCAGGCCGAAUCCACCAUCUUUAUCCUUCAAAUCCCAAGGAAAAUGGCCUUUCAAUAAAAAUUGCUCAAAUAGUUACGAAAAUGCCAUCCCAAAAUAUAUUGGCCCAAUUCAGUGCUUAAUUGACUUAAUCAUCGGCGCAGAAUAGGAUCAAUAGACAUUAUUAUCAGUGGACAAUAGCAUCGAGCCGAAUCCGUGAUCCGUAGCCUCCAAAAUCGAAAGAAAAUGGCAUUUCUGAAAAAUCGUCCGAAAUCUGUGAUGGUACCCCUUUAGAGUCUGCCAAAAAUGGACCCGGAAGAAAUCCGCCCAAAUUGGCCCUGGAUGGACUUAAUCGUCGUUGAAGAAUAGCCUCAGGCCGAAUCGUUUAUUUUUAUCCAUAAAAAUCCAAGGUAAAUGGCCUUUCAAAAAAAAAUUCUCAAAUAAUUACGAAAAUGUCAUCCCAAAAUAAAUUGGCCCAAUUCGGUGCUUAAUUGACUUAAUCAUCCGCGCAGAAUAGGAUCAAUAGACUUUAUUAUCGGUGGAGAUUAGCCUCGAGCCGAAUCCGUGAUCUCUAGCCUCCAAAAUCGAAAGAAAAUGGCAUUUCGGGAAAAUCGCCAUAAAUCUGUGAUGGUACCCCUUUAGAGUAGGGAUGGCAAAAAUAUCUGUAACAAUGGAUAUCCACGCGAAUCCGAUCUAAUCGGGUAGGGUAAAAUCCGAACCCGAAGGAAUUUUUAUGGGUACGGGUAAAACCCGAACCCGAAUAUUGCGAGUAAUGGGUGGGCAUGGGUUCUCACUAUCCAAUCCGAACCCGCCCGAUUAUACACAUGCAUAUGUAUUUUGUAUAUAAAUAAUCAUUAUUUUUCUCUAACAUAUUUUAUAUUUAGCAUAUAAAUAUAAUAUUUUCAUAAAAUUGUGUCGUUUUGAUUAAUUUUCUUCAUUCUAGUGAAUUAUGGUCGUACUUUUCCUCUUAUGUAAUGUGAGAAUACGUGUAAAUGUUAACAUAUUAGUUGGAGUUAUAAAGAGAAAUUAGUAUCCAUGGAUAACCAUGGAUACCCGAAACCCGAACGGGUAUGGGCAUGGUUUUGAUUUUCUACACAUUUUUUAUGUGGGUAUGGGUAAAACCCGAACUACUUUGGGUAGGGUAACGGAUACGCAUUAUCCGCGCCCAACCCGACCCAUUGCUAUCCCUACUUUAGAGUCUGCCAAAAAUGUACACGGAAGAAAUCCACCCAAAUUGGCCCUGGAUGGACUUAAUCGUCGUUGAAGAAUAGCCUCAGGCCGAAUCCACCAUCUUUAUCCUUCUAAAUCCAAGGAAAAUAGACUUUAAAAAAAAAAAAAAAAUUGCUCAAAUAAUUACGAAAAUGCCAUCCAAAAAUAUAUUGGCCCAAUUCGGUGCUUAAUUGACUUAAUCAUAGGCGUUGAAUAGGAUCAAUAGACUUUAUUAUCGGUGGAGAAUAGCCUCGAGCCAAAUCCGUGAUCUGUAGCCUCCAAAAUCGAAAGAAAAUGGCAUUUCGGAAAAAUCGCCCGAAAUCUGUGAUGGUACCCCUUUGGAGUCUGCAAAAAAUGGACCCGGAAGAAAUCCGCACAAAUUGGCCCUGGAUGGACUUAAUCGUCGUUGAAGAAUAGCCUCAGGUUGAAUACACCAUCUUUAUCCUUCAAAAUCCAACGAAAAUGGCCUUUCAAUAAAAAUUGCUCAAAUAAUUACGAAAAUGCCAUCCCAAAAUAUAUUGGCCCAAUUCGGUGCUUAAUUGACUUAAUCAUCGACGCAGAAUAGGAUCAAUAGACUUUAUUAUCGGUGGACAAUUGCCUCGAGCCAAAUCCGUGAUAUGUAGCGUCCAAAAUCGAAAGAAAAUGGCAUUUCUGAAAAAUCGCCCGAAAUCUGUGAUGGUACCCCUUUGGAGUCGGCCAAAAAUGGACCCGGAAGAAAUCCUCCCAAAUUGGCCCUGGAUGGACUUAAUCAUCGUUGAAGAAUAGCCUUAGGCAAAUUCCACCAUCUUUAUCCUUCAAAAUCCAAGAAAAAUGGACUUUCAAAAAAAAUUUCUCAAAUAAUUACGAAAAUGUCAUCCCAAAAUAUAUUGGCCCAAUUCGGUGCUUAAUUGACUUAAUCAUCGGCGCUAAAUAGGAUCAAUAGACUUUAUUAUCAGUGGAGAAUAGCCUCGAGCCGAAUCCGUGAUAUGUAUCCUCCAAAAUCGAAGGAAAAUGGCAUUUCGGAAAAAUCGCACGAAAUCUGUGAUGGUACCCCAUUGGAGUCUGCCAAAAAUGGACCCAGAAGAAAUCCGCCCAAAUUGGCCCUGGAUCGACUUAAUCUUCGUUGAAGAAUAACCUCAGGCCGAAUCCACCAUCUUUAUCAUUCAAUAUCCAAGGAAAAUGGACUUUAAAAAAAAAAUUGCUCAAAUAAUUACGAAAAUGUCAUCCCAAAAUAUAUUGGCCCAAUUUGGUGCUUAAUUGACUUAAUCAUUGGCGCAGAAUAGGAUGAAUAGACUUGAGUAUCGGUGGAGAAUAGCCUCAAGCCUAAUCCGUGAUCUGUAGCCUCUGAAAUCGAAAGAAAAUGGCAUUUCGGAAAAAUCGCCCGAGAUAUGUGAUAGUACCUCUUUGGAGUCUGCCAAAAAUGGACCCAGAAGAAAUCCGCCCAAAUUGGCCCUGGAUUGACUUACUCGUCGUUGAAGAAUAGCCUUAGGUCGAAUCCACCAUCUUUAUCCUUCAAAAUACAAGGAAAAUGGCAUUUCAAAAAAAAUUGCUCAUAUAAUUACGUUAAUGCCAUCCCAAAAUAUAUUGGACCUAUUCGGUGCGUAAUUGACUUAAUCAUCGGCGCAGAAUAGGAUCAAUAGACUUUAUUAUCGGUGGAAAAUAUCCUCGGGCCGAAUCCGUGAUAUGUUGCCUCCACAAUCGAAAGAAAAUGGCAUUUCUGAA